AUGCGCCUGGCCCAGUUGUCUUCGCCGUUCGACGCCGUGAACUUGCAUCACCCGUCACUGGCCUCACCGCGGCAGGGAAUUUCCCUUCCGCGGUCGCGACACAGCGGCGAUGCCGGCGGCGACGAUCCGCCAUUUGCCGGGGACAUGGCGGGCUCGUUGCCGAGCACGAGCACCUCUACUCUGUAUUCGGGUGCUCUCCUGCAGUCGUGCCAAGCGCUCUUGAGCACACAGUCGCUAGGCUCAACGGUGUUGAUGGAGCGGCACUCAUUCUCUGAUUGGUGUGCAACAGCGGCGUUGGAUGACCCAUCCUCUGGCUCGUGUCCGAGCAGCUGCAGCUGGUCUCCACUAAACCAGACACAACCGCGCAGCGCUGUCCGUGCGACGGCGACGUCACCGAUCUCCCCCGUCGGCACAAUCACCACAACGCUCUUCAUCGACGGCCUGCCAGCGUCAAUUGAGAACAAAUGGCAGCUGCAGCCUUGUGUACCCCCACAGGGGUUGAUGGCACUCCGAGUGAAGAGUUCGCGAGGCAGGAACGUUGGCUUCGCUGUCUAUGACAGCAUCGCAGCCGCACAUGGAGCGCUGACGUGGUUCAAUCAGAUGCGCAUAAUCAAGGAGGUGGUACUGACCUCUACAUUCGGCGCCCCACCUGCUGUGGGGUCCGCGCCAUCGACUGGGGCGCCACCCGGCCUUGUAAGCGAUGACCCCUGUGCGCCAUCAGGUGGUGUGACGAGUGCUUGUUUCACCAACUCGCCCGUCGAGUCGGAGCCCCUGCCGCUGAAAUACGAGGAUUACCUCUGCACGCAGCAACUCCCCGGUGAGUUCGCGUCUUUGCUGCGUAAGUGUACGCUUCUGCGGGUGAACUGGGCCCGCUGCUUGGAAAUUCAGCACACGCCCGUCAAGGUGGUGGGCGCUGCUGCUGCUGCUCCUAGUUCUCUGGUCUCCUCCCCGCUGUCCCACCCACCAUCGCCGUGGAGGAUGGGAGCGGUUGCUGUCCGUCCACCGCCGCCGCCACCGAUGCCGACGUCGGUGCCGCAUGUAAGCCCAUAUCCGAGAGGCGACAACGACGGUUGCUUGAUGUCAGAGCCGGCCCGGCAUGCUCUGCUACUGCGGGCACCUCCCCAGCAGCAUCCGCCGCCGCCGCCGUCGUCGCCUCCAAUUGUGCUGUCGCCACGGUUUCAGCUUCCACUGCAGCCACCACAUCCUUGUGCCCCUGCCGGCUGGUCUGACGCCCAGGCCACACACUUGCUAGAGCCUCACCCGUUGGCUCAGACAACGUUGUACCACGGGCCUUCGCCGGUGACGCACCGUACUUGGGCUACCUCAGCACCAUCAUCGUUUUUGCAGAGGCCUGGGCUUCGUUCUUCUUGUGGCAGCGGCACCGCUACCCCAGCCUACCACCAACCCGAGAACCCCACCACUUGGCAACCUCUUGGUGCGCAUCUGAGUUCGCACGUGGCGGAGCGCAACGAUCAGCAUGAGCGAGUGGAUGACUGGCGAGGCGUACCGCCAAAGCUGCCUGGAUCGUCGUACCGUUACGAAGAGCGGCAUCCGCAGCAGCGCCACAUGGCUCAUCACCACCACCAACCUGCUCGUGAGCCUCCCCUCCCUUCCCGUACGCUCUUCGUACGUCUCAUCCACAACUUCGAAGAGCCUCAGUACCUGCAGCACGACCAGCUGCGUAGCACCACCGGCGGCGGCACGGAUAGUGCGACUGCGGUGCCUGUCAACCCAUCGUUCGCGACGGUGGGGCCGCGUUCAACUCCCUCAGGUACAAUGGCCAUGCCAGGCGCUGCGGCUGCGCGCGCCGAGGUAGUUGCACUCCCAGCACCGACGCGAGCCCGCUCUCAGACUACCCCCUCGUUCCGCGUGUCAUCAACGAGCACGGCGGUGUCUCUGAGCGGCGCCGCGGGUAUCCAUCCACUGGUCUCGGUUGUGCCGCACCAUCACCACUGUAUGCUCUAUCAAUCGCCGGCCUUACCAACCUUGAUGACGACCCCACAGCUGCGGAGUCCACAGGAUAGCCACACUGCACAAGCGUAUUCUCCACUGCGGCCACCGGUGUCUUCGCAGCUGACGAGCCCACGUGAUGAUCGCCACAGCAGCGGUGCUGGUGCUGCUGACGAAGCCGUCUUGCAGCCGACACCCAACGCCGAAGACCUCGAGUUCUUCCGUUUCGCACAGAGCGUGUUGCGCAAGGAGUACUUCUCCGAGAAGUUUGCUGGAUUCGUCCGGUAUCGUGAGUUCUUGCGUCCCCCGUACUACGGCGGCUGCUUUGUGCUAUUUGAGCGAGGAGAAGACAUGCAGCGCUGCCUCCAGUGGAUGCGCAAGGACGAGCGGCUCAUGAAGUUGUUUGCAGUCUCACCGGCCCGAAACGACAGCUUCGGACCGUGA